CAACUUUUCAUCAUCAUGUCAUCCAUUCAAGCCUCGUGUCUUUCCUUCCCAACAGGUCGCAAGUGCCGUGACUGCAUGACGCGGGUGCCGUACGCCACACUCAUUGCCACGGUGAUGUGCUGUGUGGGGGUUGGGGUGUUCUGUGGCACCAUGUACAGGGGCACCACACUGACGCUGCGGCUGUUUGAGGAAGUUUUCAAUCUGCACAUAAAAUGGGUUGAGCCAGUUCAGCUAACGUUCAUGGUGGUUGGUGCAGGCAUGGGUGGUCUCGGCCUUAUGAUUCUCUUCGUUGGCUGCCUCUCAACUGGUGACACUCGCAACCGUGUUUACCGAACCUGGCGAGGCAGAGUUGGCGGCAGGAUAUCUUGUGCUAUAUUCAUGGGCAUCACCUACCUCCUAACGCUGGCCUGGCUGCUCAUGUUUGCUGCCCUUAUCAUUGUCACCAUCUUCUACACGCUGGCCUGGUUCCAGUGCAUCAACGUUCCCAGCAGCGACUGCAUCGACUACAACCAGUUCAGCUUUUUGUUCCCUCAAGACACUUUGGAGGAAGAGAAACGCGUGUGUCCCGGGGGCAAGAGAAAGCUGUACUGCAAGGACUAUGUGAACAACGCUGAGAUCAUGUUCAUCUUGGCCACAGUGUCUGCCUUCCUGGUCAUUCUUUCCCUGGUACAUUACCUGAUGUGUCUGGCAGCCAACUAUGCCCACAUCAAGGACCAGGAAAAGUUCAUGGACCUGCAGGAGAUCCAGUUUUUGCACGAGUCUGAGAUGUCGACACUUCCCAAAGACCGCUUCUAGGACACCGCCCAAGGGAUCUACUGGCGCAGCACCCAGCACCGCCGCUACUACUGAUGGGGACGUUCUCCUCUAGUGCGGCUAAAAUGUGCAAACCUGUGCCUUCACUCACGGCAGCUGUGGGGCCGUGUUGUCAAAUAGCCUGUAACAUUAUGCACUCUGCUAAGCCUCACAGGGAAAGUUGGGACUUGUUUCUGGCAACAGACUAAAGCUCGUAUUUUGAAACGUAUCGGGGCCCCACUCCGCCUGGUUGAAAAGCCUCUCGUAGAAGUUGCUGGGUUUUUCAUGGAUUGUUUUGUGAUGCAAGUGAUAGUUUUAACUGACUUCUGCACCUAGAAUGGGAAUAUCUCAUGAAAACCUGGUUAAUAUUCUCUGUGGCCUUGGGAAAUGGUCGUGAUGGGACCCGAUGCUUUUAAGAAUAUGAACCUAAGUUUGAUAAGUAGUAGACUAGUCAUUCCUCAUUUCCAGUUUCAUAACAUACAUACUCUGGUAACAGUUAUCCCCCCAAGGCUGUAACAUGUUGGAUUAUGGGACAAAUCUAAGCCCCUAGAGCAAAAGUGUUCAUGUGAAAUAUGAGCAUCUAAACUUGACCUUUGAAUAUAAUUAAAAUAAUUGACUUUAAUUCUUGCAUUAAGAGUAGUUUAAUGUCUUUUGGGAAAUUAAUGACAGGGAACUGCAAGAACAUAUAAUGGAAAGCUUAGUUACACAGGUGUAGCUGCAGGUGCCUACCACCAUAUAUCAUCUGUGUGUCACUCACCAAUGGUCUGAUCAUAUACUGGACAUUCAAUCAGCAGUCACCAUCCUUCCCAAAAGAUCAUAGAGCUGCUAUUGUCCAAAGUAUGGGUUCAGCUGGAACUUAAUACACCCUAUACCCCUUGCUCAAGGAGGGACAAUAAACCCUCCUGUCAGCGAACAAACUUUUUGGCCUGAGCAAGCCAUGAACCUCCGGCUGCCGGGUUGUCAAGUUGAGGACGAGUCCACUACACCAUGGAGCAGUGGAAGGCUUUCAGUGCAGCUCACCAGCCUUAGGAGCCAAUACACAUGUAUGUUUCUGUAGCUCACGAGUGCCUUAGUCUGUGCCUUGCAUUCCACUGUAUGCUGUAAAGUCAAUUUGAUAUAAAUCUCAGGCAUAGGUUGUUGGCUUUAUUAUGGGAUGUGUGGGGCCUCUGGAAGGGGGCAGCUGUCAUGGAUUUGAAGUUCAGAGUGCUUUAUUAUGUGCCUUGCAUCCCACCAUAUGCCAUAAAUUUGGCUUUAUACGGUUUCCAAGCAAUGUUUGUUGGGUUCUUUAGAGUGUAUAGGAGUACAGCUGCCUAUUAUAAGGUGUACAGGACUCAAGAAGACCACUUUAGAGUGUACUGGGCUACAGAAGGCUAUUUUAGGGUACAGGACUACAGAAGGAAGCUGCUAUAGUGAACAUGAUUACAUAAGGUUACUAUACCAUUUGCAGGACAACAGAAGGCUACUACUUUAGGGUGUAAAGAUUAGCCUACAGAAGGUGGAGCAGCUAUUGCAGAUUUGCAGCUUUAGGGGCCUUAUUUUGUGCCUUGUUUUUCAUGUUGUCCAGUAAAUUCAAUGCAGUGUGGUUCCUAGGCAUAUGUUGUAGGCUGUUGUAAGGUGUAUAAGGCCCCAGGAAUGGGACAACACUCAGAUUUUGUACUAGUGCUUGGUUCUCAGGACUGUAACCCCCAUGAAAUUUGAGGAAUGACAGGAUCUGUCAACUGAAUGUCAGAGUUCACUUUCCCUGUAGAGGAUAACAAGCAACAUGUUAGGGAACUUUUUGUCAGCUGGCACACCCUGAUGCUCUGCUCUGGCACCAGAUAUAGUGUUAAGCCAGGCAUCCAUCCAUCCGUGAUCCGUAUCCACGUCUGCAUACGCCACAGAAAAUUUUAACAUUGGAACAGGUCAAGAAUCCAUUGAUCUUACCAUGGCUAUGGCAGUAAUCACAACACCUCUCCCUGCUGCAAAAGAUAAGUGAGUAGAACUAAAAACUAUUACACCACAGAUCUACAGCUGUAGGUGGUUGCUUUUGGGGGGCUGGGUAGAGAUUCUCUCUUCUCAGCACUAAUGCUGUCCAGAGCAGAGGGUGGCUGUCCAUUGUGAGAGGCACGUUGCUUGAAUUCUGUUGGGUGGGUGGGCUGUGCUAAGCUUGUUGGCUGCUUACGCUGCUGCUACAAGUUGCUAGGUUAUAAUUCAUCUUAAUUUUAAUGCAGUAAACCCUUUAUUUAACAAACUGUGAGGAACACUGUCAUUACAUCUCAAAAUUUGCUUCAUCCAUAGUAAUGGGUGCAAGAUACUGCAUGAGACAAAAGCCAAAUACAUUGUUUAUCAUUGUUUUAUCAAAAAAUUGUUGUUUUAGUGGUUUCCAGAAAUGUUAUUUUUAUCAAAGAAUCACAUGAAUUGUAUCAAAUAUAAACAAGAAAAUUUAUAUUACACUUGCUUCAUAUAGUUCAUUAUAUGUACAGUUUUCUCAUGAGGUUUUUUAAGUGGAGGGUUUCCUGUGAUAGAGGCUGUACGUUGUUGUGUGUAGUUUUGUUGAAAGUAUUCACAUUAAGUAUAUUUUAUUUAAGUAUUCACUCAAGAUCUAUUUGACACGUCGGUUUGCUGUUUUGUGAGAGGUCUAACCAUGUUGGAUAGAAGUUUCAUAGCACUAGACCUGAUGUUUUCAUGGAGGAGAAAAACAAUUCACUUAAGUUUUAGGAACUUACUGGGAAAUUCAAGUUGCUGAGUUGCAGACAAAAACAUCAACCCACUUUAUUCUUAACUUGUGACUAAUAAUAACCCCUUUCAACAUGGCAAGUUACAUGGGGCAGAAUGAGACUGAAGGGUGAGGAAGUGAGAGGGGAAAAUGGAGGAAGAUGGGGUUGGGGGUGAACUGACAGGGGAGGGGAAUAGAGGGAGAGGAAGGGGCAGAGGGAGGGUGGGGGGAUGAAUUUGUAGGGGAGGUGAGUGUAGAGGAUAGGAAUUGAUGUUUUGUCAGCAGCAGUUACUGUUACAAUGUAGGUUAACAUCCUCUGCCUCAGCUGAGAGAAAAUACAGAACACCCUCACUUUGUCAAGCCAAAGGGGUGACGGCAUAUCCGAACAUCUGUUAUAUCAAAGGGAUCCAACCUUCUUGUAUAUAACGAAUUGAACAAUUUCCAAGCAUUGCCACAUGUUACAAAGUUGGUUGUAUUAGAUGAGAGUUCUUAUAUACAUGUAGCUGGGCAUGGAAGGACGUGCAGAGGAAUUUACUGUUGGGCAGACAAAGCUAGACUGAGCGGCGUGCAACACCCAAUUGGCUUUGUUUCCACCGGCACCAACUGACUUGCGUGUACAUUCUCUGCCAGGCCACGCCGAACCAAACCUCGCACUCACCGAAGUAGUAAAUCCUUGCCUUUACUACAUUGGCCCAUUAAGUUAGUUAAAGCCAAAAUUUGUUAUAACGAGUCUGUAAAAUUGAGGGUUUUCUGAACUACAGCAACAAUAUAGAUCCUCUCAGUGUCCCUGCCCCCUGUAUUUAUAUGGAAAUUCGUUUCUCAGGUAGAUAUUGUUUGCCUGGGGGUUAAGCAUGCUUUAAGGAGGUUUACUAGGUUUACAGAGCCUUGUGUGUGUGUGUGUGUAUGUGUGUGUGUGUGCAGCAUUAGCCCUUCAAAAUAACACCACUAACACUUAAUUCUCUUUAGUUUUCAUCUUAAUAUGCCUCCUCUACUCCUAUAUCCAGCAAGAGCUCACUCAGGACCAGGAUUAGUAUUCUCGAACACUUCCACCUCUAGCAUCAGCCAACAAGGAGAUUAGUCAAGUUGUUAUAAGUGUUUUUCAUAUUCAGGGUACAGAAGAAAGGUCAACCUACCACCAGGGGCUUUGUGGUAUAGUGGUUAGCACACUCGGCUCACAACCGAGAGAGCCCGGGUUCAAUUCCUGGGCGGAGUGGAAAAAUUUGGGCGGCUUUUCCGAUACCCUACACCCCUGUCCGCCCAGCAGUGAAUGGGUACCAGGUAUUAAUCGGGGGUUAUGUCCCGUCUCCUGGGAUCUGUUCCCUUCUAUAAUUCCUUCCCCUUCUGUCUCUCUCCAGCAUAUGACCACAUAUGUUGCGCCGACUAAACAAACUUUCCAACUUUCAACCUAUCACCAGGGCCAUAAAGGUACCUCUGGCAAUGCCCAAAACUCCAACGAAAACUCUGUCAAAUGUGAGUGUGUGUAAGUGGCGAAGGGUUUGAGAAUACUGUCCCAGACAUACAUGCUGCAGGGCCCUGGACUCAGAAGCACAUUUGUCCCCAUCAUGGCCACAGCACUUCUUAGUUACGCUGCACCUGGACAUAAUUCAAAGGUCAAAGUUGUAGCCAUAGAAUGGGACUCUCAAUAGGCCUAACAGUAUAAAAAAUAAGUCUGGAAUAGAUUUAGUUAACAAUCUGGAAGGACAUGAUUUUUUUUUUUUUUUUUUUUUUUUUUUUUUUUUACGUCGCUGCCUGUUGCGCCGGUAGGCAUCUUCCUGGUGGGGCCUGAUGGUCGGCCCAAGGCUUCUUCCAGGUGGGGCCUGAUGGUCGGCCCAGCCCGUUCUGGCGCAGGCGAGUGUUUUUAUAGUGGCGCCAUCUUGCAUGUGCUGUAUUAAGCUAUUCUAGGGUCAGGGACUGUUAAGAACAAACUGCAUAAUUAUUUGUAAUCAAUGCAUCAGCCUGGGGCCCAUGAAGGGUGAGGCCCUGUGAGUAUUGCCCUUAAUCUGGCCUUGGGUUCAGUAGUUCAUCUGAGUUAUUUGGAUUCUUUUCCUAUAAUUUUAUUAUACUUUGUUCCUUAAGAUCUGCUGCUCCUUACUGCCUUGCUCUGUACUUUUCUGCUCUGCACUAAUACUACUAAUGUGGACACCAGCUCAGCCCAACAGACCAGAGAACAGUGUUUUGCUUCUAGAGAUCCCUUGGGUGAACCUAACUAAGUGUGGGUGACAAGUCUGAAUAUAGACGAUAAUUUUGAUACAACAGAGAAAACUAGAUGUGUGCUAUACUUGAGGUCAUGGCUUCCAAGCGACAGAUGACCAAGGCUGCUUCUAGGUACAUGCAACCAUUUAUUGCCCCUUUGUCUGCAGGUCCCAAAAUAAUGAAUGUUUGAUCUUAUACUCAUGUAAAAGCUGCCUUAUGAGUCGACCCCCCUUCAAGGCCAUGAUAUAUUUGCUUGAGGAAUAUAUAUAUCCCUAAGAGUAGUAGUGAAAGUAGUUGUAAAAGAAAUAGUGGUAGUAGUAGUAGCUGUGAUAGUCUGGAAAAGUAGCAUCCAUGUAAAGGCUGACUGUCUCAAGAAUUUGUUCAAGAGUUUUACAUGAGUAUAUAACGGUAUUCUGAGAUGAUCAAAGUACAUCUUGUAUAUACAGAAGGGGGUACACUAGAGGGCACCAGAAUAUAAUCUUAUCUCCUAUUUAAGCCCCAGAAGACUAGAAUGGAACAUUGCAGGCAACACAUUGAUGUCAGGGGAAGAUUUAGAUGUGUCACGCUAGAGAUCUUGGUUUCAUAGUGGCAGUAAAGAUAAGGUCAGUGAAUAUGACCUCAUGAAACACAGUGUAUCUGAUGUGUGUGUGUGUGUGUGUGUUACGUAUUAGUAUUUUUACAGGAUAGUCAUGCUUGUAUGGCCCAUAUUUUAUCACAUAGUGUGUGUGUAACUUAAGACACAGUUAUUGAAAUAUUGUUAAAUGCAACUGUCUUUGGAAUAAGUGUGUGUGUGUGUGUGUGUGUGUGUGUGUGUGUGUGUGUGUGUGUGUGUGUGUGUGUGUGUGUGUGUGUGUGUCCACUAUUUGAAAAUAUAUUGUAUAAUGCCACUGUCUUUGUAAUAAUAAACUUUUGUACCAAUUA